GUUGGUACAUUUAAAACAACGGUGGAUACUUUAGCUUGGGAUGGAACUAUCUCAUCAAGUGAUUUUUACAAGGCUGCUUCUGCUUUUCUUCAGAGAUGGAAAUUGAUCAACUCUGAUUUUCCUUCAUGGUCAUGGGUUCCAGGUCAGAAACUACAAUUGAUUAGUUCUGAUAAGGUGGAAGGAUACUUAUCUUUGGAGAAAAUAUGCCUUCUGAGGCCACUCGAGAAUGAACAGGAGAAAGGAGAGUGCUCUGAGGAAAGAGAGACUGCUGGGUACAACAAUGAGUUUCUCGAUGAAGCUACGUUAGUCUCAUCCCCAAGUGAUCACCAAGAAGUACAUUACUAUGAUUUUCACAUUCUGCACUGUGCAUCAUAUGGUGUUCUAGUACUAUACUUUCGUGCUUACUGUAGUGAUGGGCUACCUCUGAUUUUCGAAGAAAUUGAAAAGGACCUUCCAUCACAGUCUAAAGAUGCAUUAUUGGAUUCAAAAUGGACAUUCAUUACUCAAGAGGUACAAUUUUUCUUCGUUUAAUUAUUUAGUCUUUGGUUCUUAAGUGGGUCUGACUGGAAGGUAGUGCCAAAUAUAAUCUACUUUUGUUUUCAUAUUUCGCUAU